AUCACAAAAACACUUCCAAGUGUUCUUAAAAUCUCUAAGAAUUCUAGACCGUGAUGGCGGUUUCUGGGAGCAGGCGCCAAAAUAUGACAAUCGAUGGCGUCUGGGAGGAUCUCUACAAUGGUCUCCAGGCUGUUUACCGACGGGAAGUGAUGAAAUCUCAGCGAUAUAUGGAGCUAUACACGUAGGAAUAUGGAGCGUGUACGAUUUCUGUACUGCUGUUUCGGUAAAUCCUUCCACACCUGCCGGUGGCGUUGUCGGCCGUCCGAGUAGAUCAGGUGCACGUUCAUCUCACAAAAACUACAAUGCUGAGGAUGGAGCGGUUGUUGAUGGCAUUUUCUCCUAUCUUAAUAGACACUGGAUCAAACGGGAAUUAGACGAAGGAAACGGGAACAUUUACAUGAUAUACACGUUAGCACUUGUGAUAUGGAAAAGAAUUUUAUUCAUGGAAAGUAAGGAACGGGUCACUGAUGCUGUACUGGAUUUGAUUAGGCGUGAACGGAAUGGAGAGACGAUUCCUCGGAAACUAAUUCGCGAUGUAACAGAUUGUUACGUUGAACUCGGCAUAGAAGAAGAUGAAACCCCGGAUCAGGUGCGCUCUGCUCAACCAAAUCCCAACGCAAAGCUGAAGGUGUAUAUGGUAAGUUUUGAUUCCCUCGUAUUUCGCUGCUCUUAA